UGCAGUUAACAAAAUAUUUGUGCCGCGAGAUGUAAACACAAAGCCAACGAAUGAAAGAUUGAAAGAAAUGCUUUUUCAAAUGGAAAAUCAGAAAUUAUAAGAUAUGAAUUUGGAACUUUUAGAAUCUUUUGGGCAGAACUACCCAGAGGAUUUUGAUGGAGCCUUGGACUGCAUCAGCAUUGCCAUUACCUGUGCCUUCAACAGACAGGGAACCUUAUUAGCUGUGGGUUGUAACGAUGGUAGAAUUGUCAUAUGGGAUUUCCUGACAAGAGGAAUUGCCAAAAUAAUUAGUGCUCAUGUCCAUCCUGUAUGCAGUCUAAGCUGGAGUCGGAAUGGAAAGAAACUGUUAAGUGCGGCGACAGACAACACAGCGUCAAUAUGGGACGUGGUGUCAGCAGAGUGUGAUAAAACAUUCAGGUUUCCUUCCCCCAUCCUGAAAGUGCAGUUUCAUCCUCGUGAUAGUAAACAGUUUCUUGUGUGUCCAAUGAAGCACCCUGCUGUACUAAUGAACAUCAGUGGAGAACACAGAGUUGUCCCUCUGGAUGAUGAU